UGCAGCCUGCCUCGUCCUCUCCAGCAGCCUUCCCCGUCAGUACCAGUUUGUUGAUCUACCUCUGACUUGGACUGAAGCUCAGGCCUACUGCAGACAGACGCAUACAGACAUCGCCACAAUCCAGGACUCUGAAGAACUGACCCAGCUCAUGAACACACUUUCAUCUGCUAGGCACAGUUCUGACACCUGGAUUGGUCUCUACAAUGUGAUCGACUGGAGGUGGUCUGAUGGCUUCACAGGGGCCGGUGCUAAUUACAGCAAUUGGGAACUCAUUUUUAAUGAGCCAAAUUUUAUUGAAGCCAGUCAGUUCUGUGUGAAUAUUGGCAGCACUGGAUUGUGGUGGGAUGAUUACUGUGGGACAGAUUAUUCAGUUCUCUGUUACAAUGGCACACUGCUGGAUCCUGACUAUGUUUAUGUGGACAUAGGAAUGAAUUGGUUCAAUGCCCAGACGUACUGCAGGGAGAACUUUGUAGAUCUGGCUACAGUAAGCAGUGAUCUACAAAAUUGGAUGGUCAAGAAUUUGGUGCCUAUUGGAGUCUACUCGUGGAUUGGCCUCUUUAGACAACCCAACUUUUUCUGGUCUGAUGGCAGCAACGUCUCCUUCAGCAACUGGGAUAAUGUCUACAAUCCAAUUGGCUCAAUGACUACUAUUUGUGGCAUAACAUCUGUAAACAAUAUGGGAAAAUGGAGGUUAUUGUCUUGUGAAAACAAAUUACCUGUUGUCUGCUACGACAACCCCCCACAUUUCAAAGCUGUAACACAGCAGAGCGUGAAGCUGAGACUGGAGACUGAGGACUCUGUGAAUCUCAACGAGGCUGUUCUGAAAGAGGGCAUCCUUGAAAAGCUCCAGGACAGGCUGAAGGAGAACGGAGGGAAUGAGAUCACCCUAAAGUGGAGAGAGCCGCCUGAUGGUGAAGUCUUCAAGAAAGAAGGACAAGCAGUGAACCCUUUUCUUUAAGAUAUAAACCCUAAAUUUGUUGUUUGUUGCUAGAUUUUAACACAGGAAAAUGUUCACUAAAUUAGUCAUAAUUUUUAUUUUUUUUUAAAUGUCAACAUCCAUUUGUCUACACCAUCCAUUUGAUCCAAGUCAUAUAAGAAACACAUUGGUAAAAUAUAUUUUAUACAGAUACAGUGUAAAACUAAAGCAACAGCAUGACAAACUAAAACAAAUUUAAGAUAUAAGUAUAUAUUUACAGAUGCAUUUAAGAGUCUAAAAAGGUUGCACAUUUCUGAUAUACAGUGAACGUAUCUGAUAUGUACAACAUGCAUCUUAUGGCUUGAACUGUUUUGGAGUUAAUCAUCUCCAUUCUUAAAAAAUCUUCAAAAGCUGUGAUUACAAACGAUGAGGCUGACUCUACAGUGUGUCAUCCAUGAUAUGGAAGACAUAAAAGAGACUAUUUUUCAGAACCACAGAUAAAUUGACAUGUACUGCUUAGACUGCGGAAGACAAGCAAAUAAUCUGGAGAUAUGAAUGUUAAGUGUGACAAAUUAAUUCUGUUCUAUUUGAAAAAAACACUGCUGCUGCGGGUGAAACGCAAAAGGGUGAUGGAACAUAAUCUGUAAUAAAUCCUGCUAGACCUUCAUAAAUAGAUGUUGACAUAUUUUUCUCUGAUGCCGAUACUGUUCUGUAUCAGCUUGUUUAAACCAAAACCUUUAUUUCUCUUGUAUUCCUAUGUUUAGUCUGUGAUUAGGGAUUACUUUAUUUCAAUAAAGUAAUCAUUUCUACAAUAAAAUGUAAUGCUUGUAAUGCUUCUUUUAACUUUC